AUGAAUGUAACGAGCUCUCAUGUUGUGCGAAUAAUUUUCAUUAUAUUUCUAAAAACAUACAUUUGCAAAUUGUGCUAUAUUAACAAAUCCUAUGUUAGUGAUAAAAGACAACCUACUCAAAAUUUUAACAAAAUCAGACAUCAAAUUUAUAUAAAAAGUGUAAAAAAAAGUGCAACAAAAAGGAGAAAUAACGACAAAUUAAAUCUCACAAAAUUAAAUGCCACCAAUGCUCUUUCACCCAAUUGGGGGAAGCGCGAAACGGUAACAGAGACAAAUAUAAAUUCAGAAGAGUUCCUUGAGUCAUUAUGUAACUCAUCUUGUAACUUAUGCAAGCAGGAUGGUACAUUAUUGUUGUACACACGAUGUAGACACUACAAUGAUGGGGAUUACCCCUUUGCAAAAAAAAGAGUUAUCGAUACUGCAAAUGCAUUAAUUGGGUCAAGAUAUUUCGUGAGCAAAUAUCUAUUCUUUAAAAAUGGAAAUGUAGAAUAUCAUAACCACAGUAAGUGGAAUCACAAAAAGCACUCCAAAUCGCAUGUAUCGUCAAACAUUAUCAUACACAACUUGCUUAAAUAUGAAGCUAUAAAACUGCAUUUGCAUAACGUCUACGAAGAAAUAAUUCGUACAAUAGAAAAUACAUUAAUGAAUAAAAUAUUUUAUGUAGACAAUAGGGAAGAGUUUCACAAGAGAAAAAACAUUAUUAUGAAUAUGCUUUACGAAAUUUAUGCAUUAAAAAAUGGGGAAAAUAACAAAAGGAAUAAUAAUCUCCAAAUGGGGAAAAGAAAUAUUCGCAUUCUAUUCAUCGGGAGUAACGAAUUCAGUUUAUUGUGCUUUAAAAUAAUAUUAUUAAUCAUAAAAUAUGUGAGAAAUGAUGUAAUAUUAGAUCAUGUUAUUACAAAAAGUCCUAGAAAAAAGGGAAGAAAUUUACUUGUAAAAAAAUCUCCUGUUGAAGAAGAAGCUGAGAAAUAUGAAAUGAAUAUAUUUUAUUACGACAAGAUAAAAAAUAAUAUACAUUUGUUGAAAAAGAAAAUAUUUGAUUUAUGUAUUUCUAUAUCAUUUGGGGAAUUAUUUAAUAGCAGCUUUUUUAAAAAUAUUCAUUCCAAUAUUUAUACCUUACAUCCAAGUUUACUACCAUUUUACAGAGGCGCAUCUCCUAUUCAAAGAAGUUUACUAAAUAAUGAAUCCAUAUUUGGAUAUUCCAUAUUUUUAACCACAUUGCGUAUUGAUGCAGGUAAAGUUUUAAUGAAAAGACAGUUUGCAUUUGAUCAAAAUUUCAAUUUUAAUGAUAUAAUUACCAUAUUAUUUACAUUCGGUACAUUACACUUGAUGAGGAAUAUUUCCUUCCUCUCCAAUUAUAAAUUAACGAACAAUGAAACAGAAGCACUUAAUGGAAAGACCCACCCUUCUUCCACGUGGUCUACGCAAAACAAUUAUGAUCACUUAAACUUUCAUCAUAUGGAACAUGAAAAAGAAAAUGUCUCUUUACUUAGGAACAAAAUUCAUGAUUUCAUGCAACACACAAAUGCACAACAGGAUCUUAUGAAUUAUUCUUGGCAAAAAAACCACCACAUGUAUUAUAUGCCAUAUAAAAAUAAUACAUAUGCACAGAAAAUAAAAAAUGAAGAAAAAUAUGUCUGUUUUUUUUGCUCUACCGCCCUGCAAAUUCAUAAUAAAGUGAGGGGAUUUAUAAACUGGCCGAAAGUAGAAUGCACCUUUUUCCUUUUUCAGAAUGGCCAUCUUAAGGUGAUGGAAGUGAAAUUAAUUAAAACGUCUUACUCUUCGAUAAGCAAUAGAACUAACGAUUGUAGCAGUAACACAAAUUACUCUCAUCAUGUAUUUAAACAUUUAGGAGCUGUACAGAUGCACAAGUGCUUUGAUGCCACCCCACGCAAAUUUGCAAUUUUUGAUAAAAAAUCCAUAAAUGUUCAAUGCAAGGAUAAUAGCCUACUAAAAAUUUAUACAUUACAGCGGAAAAACAAAAAAAUUAUGGAUUCCUCAUCUUUUUUUAACAGCAUCAACCGCGUCGAUCUACUAUACUAG